AUGGCCGAGUCAGACCCUCCCGUGGAACCCAAGCCCGUUCCUGUUGAAUUAGCGCCCGCCGUGCCCGUGGCAGCAGUGAGUCUGAAACUGCCGCCAUUUUGGCAAAAUGACCCCACACUUUGGUUUGCCCAGGUUGAGGCACAGUUUCUCACCCGCCACAUCACAGUGCAGGACACAAAAUUUGCCUACGUAGUCAGUUCGCUCCAGCCGGACAUCGCUCAAGAAGUGCGCGAUUUACUGGUUUCCCCACCCACUCACGAUCGCUACAACACCCUCAAAAAGGAAUUGUUGGGGGAUAGAAAACCGUCUCAGCUGUUGCGACGUAUGCGGCAACUUCUAGGCGAGAACACCCUGGAGGACAACAUUCUCAAGCAACUGUUUUUGCAACGUCUUCCCACGACAAUCCGAGGGAUUCUUGCCUCCACAUCAACCGUGGUGAACAUCAAACAGCUGUCCGAUAUCGCCGACAAAAUCGUCGAGGUAUCGGUACCAACAGUGUCUACAGUGAACACUCAUGCCGCUGCAGUUUCCAGCCCUGAACCUGCCCAUACGGUCGCGAAUUUCCAGACCCUCGAGACAAGGAUCAACCAGCUUACUGAGCAAGUCCAAGCUCUCACUGGCCAACUAUAA